GCUCGAGGUCAGGGCAGGCACAAUGGUCAGGCAGGCGGGUACAGAGUCCAGGCAGGCUCGAGGUCAGGGCAGGCACAAUGGUCAGGCAGGCGGGUACAGAGUCCAGGCAGGCUCGAGGUCAGGGCAGGCACAAUGGUCAGGCAGGCGGGUACAGAGUCCAGACAGGCUCGAGGUCAGGGCAGGCACAAUGGUCAGGCAGGCGGGUACAGAGUCCAGACAGGCUCGAGGUCAGGGCAGGCACAAUGGUCAGGCAGGCGGGUACAGAGUCCAGGCAGGCUCGAGGUCAGGGCAGGCACAAUGGUCAGGCAGGCGGGUACAGAGUCCAGACAGGCUCGAGGUCAGGGCAGGCACAAUGGUCAGGCAGGCGGGUACAGAGUCCAGACAGGCUCGAGGUCAGGGCAGGCACAAUGGUCAGGCAGGCGGGUACAGAGUCCAGGCAGGCUCGAGGUCAGGGCAGGCACAAUGGUCAGGCAGGCGGGUACAGAGUCCAGGCAGGCUCGAGGUCAGGGCAGGCACAAUGGUCAGGCAGGCGGGUACAGAGUCCAGACAGGCUCGAGGUCAGGGCAGGCACAAUGGUCAGGCAGGCGGGUACAGAGUCCAGGCAGGCUCGAGGUCAGGGCAGGCACAAUGGUCAGGCAGGCGGGUACAGAGUCCAGACAGGCUCGAGGUCAGGGCAGGCACAAUGGUCAGGCAGGCGGGUACAGAGUCCAGACAGGCUCGAGGUCAGGGCAGGCACAAUGGUCAGGCAGGCGGGUACAGAGUCCAGACAGGCUCGAGGAAACAGGGAGGACUAGAAAAAAGGAGAAAAGACAAAGCAGGAAAACGGGAAAAACUGCUGGUAGGCUUGGACAUACAAGACGAGACAGGAAACACAGGGAUAAAUACACUGGCUCAGAGAGACAGGAAACACAGGGAUAAAUACACUGGCUCAGAGAGACAGGAAACACAGGGAUAAAUACACUGGCUCAGAGAGACAGGAACACAGGGAUAAAUACACUGGCUCAGAGAGACAGCAAACACAGGGAUAAAUACACUGGCACAGAGAGACAGGAAACACAGGGAUAAAUACACUGGCACAGAGACAGGAAACACAGGGAUAAAUACAAUGGCACAGAGAAACAGGAAACACAGGGAUAAAUACACUGGCACAGAGAGACAGGAAACACAGGCAUAAAUACACUGGCACAGAGAAACAGGAAACACAGGGAUAAAUACACUGGCUCAGAGAGACAGGAAACACAGGGAUAAAUACACUGGCUCAGAGAAACAGGAAACACAGGGAUAAAUACACUGGCUCAGAGAAACAGGAAACACAGGGAUAAAUACACUGGCUCAGAGAAACAGGAAACACAGGGAUAAAUACACUGGCUCAGAGAAACAGGAAACACAGGGAUAAAUACACUGGCUCAGAGAGACAGGAAACACAGGGAUAAAUACACUGGCUCAGAGAGACAGGAAACACAGUGAUAAAUACACUGGCUCAGAGAAACAGGAAACACAGGGAUAAAUACACUGGGGAAAACAAGCGACACCUGGAGGGGGUGGAGACAAUAAUGAGGACAGUCUCACUCUUGUGGUCCUUCUGUAGCUCAGUUGGUAGAGCAUGGCGCUUGUAACGCCAGGGUAGUGGGUUCGAUUCCCGGGACCACCCAUACGUAGAAUGUAUGCACACAUGACUGUAAGUCGCUUUGGAUAAAAGCGUCUGCUAAAUGGCAUAUA